AUGUCUUCUAAACAAAAAACUACUCUUACUGACAUCCAGAAGCAUGAGUUCUGUAUUUAUGCUCAAAGUAAUAAUAUGACUCAUGCAAAGUAUGUAGAUUGGAUUGAAGAAAAAUGGGGUGUUAGAGUUCAUGAAUCUACUAUUACGCGAAUUUUACAAACCAAAGAUAAAUGGCUUACUACUGAAAUAGUUAAUCCUGAGAAAAAAAGAAACAGAGCUAUUACAAUUCCGGCCCUUGAACUUGCUCUUCAUGAAUUUGUACUAACCUAUCAGCAUAGAACGAUAUUAAGUGAUGCAAUAUUAACUGAGAAAGCAAGAUUACUUGCUGAUGGAUUAGGAGUUUCUGAAGGUACAUUGCAAUUUUCGUCAGGUUGGCUCCACAAGUUUAAAGAGCGUAAUGGAAUCCGCAAGGAAAAACUUCAUGGUGAAGCAGAAUCUGCUAACAAUAUAGCAAUUAUGCAGUCUCAUCCAUUAUUAAAAAACAAAUGUGCUAAUUAUUCUCUUGAGUUAAUAUACAAUAUGGAUGAAACUGCCCUUUUUUAUCGAUUAGAGCCUGAUUACUCAUUAGCUACACAGCGUCUUUCUGGAAAGUCAGUUUUAUUGCUUCUUGAUAAUUGCUCAAGUCACAAAACCGAUGGUCUAGUUCUUCAGAAUGUAAAAAUAUGUUUUUUACCUAAAAAUACAACUUCAAAAAUCCAGCCAAUGGAUGCUGGAAUUAUAAUAUCUUUUAAAAAAAAUUAUCACCAUCAUCAUAUUCGAUGGAUGCUUGACCAAAUUGAGAGCGGUGAGAAUGCGCAAGAUCUAAAAAUAGAUAUUCUGCAAGAAAGAACAAUUCAAAACUGCUGGCGCCAUACAAAUAUUCUUUCUAUUUGGGAUAAUAUUGGUGAAGAUGAAAUAUUGCAUGAUGAACCAUCACUUGAUGAACUAUUACUUGAAGAACUUUCUAAAAAUAUUGAAGAUCUUAAUUUUUCUGAUCCGAUGCGAGUAGAAGAAUAUCUAAAUAUUCCUGAUAAGGAUAUUGUCUAUAAAGUUCCUGAUGAAGACCAAAUUAUUUUAGAUCUUGUAGAAACGUUUAGAGAAAGACCUGAUGAAAUGAAACAUGAGGAUUCUGAAGAAGCGGAUGAUAGUAUUGAAAAUAAAAUUAUAAAUCCAAAUAAAGCCCUAAAGAGUCUAGAAAAUGUAUGCACCUUCUUGCUUCAGCAAGAAGAUGCAAGUGAAUGUAUAAAGUUAGUUAGUAUGAUUGAAAAAUUUAUUAUUGCUAAAAAAAAGGAUUUGAUGAAACAAUCCACAAUAGAUCAAUAUUUUAAUAUUAAUGUUGAUAAAACAGAAGUAACAGAAAUAUCAACAGAUAAUUUAAUAAUUCUAGAUUGA